CAUGACGCAUUGUCCGUGUACCCUCGCCUGACUUGCAGUUCUUUCUUGUUUCCUUCUUCUCAACAAACACGUUUCUUCAAAGCAUUCCCAUCGGUGUCUCCCAGACGUCACUGUAGAAGAUCUUCACCCUAAGAAGCACGAUCCAGUCAACGUUAAACAGGAAGAGAGUCGGAGAUGCCGUACAUCAAACAGGAGGCGGAGCUAGACACUUUCAGCAUUAAAGAAGAAGAACAGGAAGCUGAAAUCCAUCCGUUUCCAGUGACUGUCAUUGUGAAGAGAGAAGAAGAUGAAAGUCCAAGUGAAAAGAGCGGAGCAGCGAAACCUUCGAGCGACAGCUCAUUUCAGCACCUGACAACAAAAGGAGAGGGACGAUCACAACCGAACGGCCUGUUAGCACCGCUCUCGGACAGCGACGACAUAACGUCACACUCUUCUGACUUUAACACUGCUGAGGAGGAUGUUGACUCCAACCAAAAUGCUUCGAAAUCCUUAAACAAGUCACCAUUGAAAAGAGAAACACAAGAAUGUACGGGUGGGAAACCGUUUGGCUGCACACUGUGCGACAAAGGAUUUUCUCAGAAGAUUUAUUUAGAAAGGCAUAAGCGUACACACACUGGAGAAAAGCCUUUUGUCUGUACACAUUGUGGUCAAGGAUUCGCCGAAAAGAAAAGUUUAAACAGACACGCAAGAAUACAUACUGGAGAGAAGCCUUUUGCCUGCUCACUUUGCGAUAAAAGAUUUACUCAGAAGAUGACUAAAGAAAGGCAUAUGUUUACACACACUGGAGAGAAGCCUUUCGCUUGCACACUUUGCGAUAAGAGAUUUUCUCGGAAAAAUAAUUUUAAAACGCAUAUGCGGACACACACUGGAGAGAAACCUUUUGUCUGCACGUGUUGUGGUAAAAGAUUCACAGAUAAGAAGCAUUUAAACAAACACGCAACUACACACAGAGGAGAGAAGCCUUUCGCCUGUUCCAUGUGUGAGAAAAGAUUUUAUUUUCAGUCUGAGUUGACAAUACACACGCGGACACACACUGGAGAGAAACCUUUUGCCUGCACACUAUGCGACAAAAGAUUUUCUCAGAAGUCUGGUUUAAAAACGCAUAUGCGUAGACACACUGGCGAAAAACCUUUUGUUUGCACAUGUUGUGGUAAAAGAUUCACUCAGAAGAAACAUUUAAACGGACACGCAAGAACCCACACUGGAGAAAAGCCUUUCUCCUGCUCAAUUUGUGGUAAAAGAUUCGCAGAGAAGGGGAAUUUAAACAAGCACGUAAGCACACAUAGUGAAGAGAAGCCUUUCGCCUGCUCCUUAUGUGAGAAAAGAUUUUACUCUCAGUCUCAGUUGACAACACACAUGUAUACACACACUGGAGAGAAACGUUUUGCCUGCACACUAUGCGACAAAAGAUAUUCCCACAAGUCUGAUUUAAAGACGCAUAUGCGUAGACACACUGGGGAAAAACCUUUUGUCUGCACAUGUUGUGGUAAAAGAUUCACUCAGAAGAAAAAUUUAAACGGACACGCAAGAACCCACACUGGAGAAAAGCCUUUCUCCUGCUCAAUUUGUAGUAAAAGAUUCACAGAGAAGCGGAAUUUAAAGAAACACGCAAGCACACAUAGUGGAGAGAAGCCUUUCGCCUGCUCCUUAUGUGAGAAAAGAUUUUACUCUCAGUCUCAGUUGACAGCACACACGCGUACACACACUGGAGAAAAGACUUUGUUGUAAAAGAUUCUAUCUGAAGAUAACUUUAAGCAGAUGUGCAAGAACACAUGUUGGAGAAAAGCUUUUUGUCUGCACACGUUGUAGGAAAAGAGUCAUUGAGAAGGCAAAUUUAAACCAACACACAAAAGCCACACUGGAGCACAGCAUUUUUCAUGCACGCUUUGUGACAAAAGAUUUUAUCGGAAGACUCAUUUACAGUGUAUCACAAAAGUGUGUACACCCCUCGUAUUUCUGCAGAUAUUUAAGUAUAUCUUUUCAUCGGACAACACUGACAAAAUAACACUUUGACACAUUGAAAAGUAGUCUGUGUGCAGUUUAUAUAAUAGUUAAUUUAUUUUCCCCUCAAAAUAACUCAAAAUAUAGCCAUUCAUA